AUGUCCCAGCCGGUCUUGGAAGAGAGGUCAAAGAAACCCGGCCGCCCCGACUACAAGGCUAAGCUUGAUGAAGCUGCGGACCGAGAAAAAAGCCCUUCCCAGCAGCAACAGAGCACCGGUGUCAUAGAGAAAGUAUCCCAAUACGUGCCAACCGUGGGGAGGAUACUCGGGGCUCGGGAGCCGGACCCAGGUCGAGAGCCAUCACCAGAGAAGAACGUGCCAGGGCCUCCAAACCGGCCCGAGAACGACGCGCAAAUCGAAGAGUUUCUCAGGGACCAGCACCGCAGCAAAAAGGUCGUGGGGAUAGAGGAGCCAACGCAGGUAUAG